AUGGAAACCGGACAAGUGUUCGUACGAGUGGUGAAAUUGAAAGGGCCACCCGAUAAUGACAAAACCUUGUUCCAUGUAGACAUUCCCGAGUUCUACACUGGCUACGAUGAGAGCUUUCGUUUACCGUCAAACACUUUUCAGAUCAGAUGCUCGGUCCGAGCCCGGAACUCAUUCGACUUGCCAUCAGAAUGGACAAAAGGACCAUUGAUUAAGAUUGACAACAGAAAAUCCACCUCACCAACAACAAGCACACUUCUCGAUAAUGAGGUGAAAACGGAAAGGAAAAGAUCGUAUGAAGCGAUUGUUGAAACGAAAAACGUUCCCCGAAAAUUUCUCAACAUCGAGGAUUUGUCUCAAAACGAGUUGUUGAAACUCUUGAAAGCAUCGAUUUUGGAAAAUUUGACACCAAAGGUGAACUUGGAAGAGUUUAAAAAAGCUGGUCGGCGGCUCGAAGAGAUUUUCGUGACACGGAAACCGAUUGACUAUGAAGAGGAGGGAUUUCCGAGAUUCGAAAUGGAUAAUGGACAUGAAUCGAAAGUGGAGAUGAAAGAAGAAACCUUUGUGAAUUUGAAUGAAUUGGGAAAUGCUGUAGAGGUCAUCUCAACAAUAACAGAAAAACCGCUUGAAAAAGUGAUCCCAACAAAAGACACACAAGCAGCUUAUUUCAGACUUUUA